CUGUCUCUGUCCAAAACAAGGACCCAGGCGUCCGGGUCCCCAGGAACCUCGAGACAUUCAGGCCUCCCCGCCGCGCUCCCCUGAGAUCAGCCGGACUUCACCCCGCUCCGACACACCUGGACCGGUCCCGGGGGGCCGGGUUACGGGCAGAGCCCCCCGCCCCCCAUUUCUGAUCGGUCCCGCCCCCUUCCCGGACGGGCGGCAGGUCCCCCUCCCCCCAUCAUGUGGAGGGUGCCCGUCCUGCUCCUGCUGGUCCAGGCUUUCAUCUCCACCUUUGCCAGCCCCCCCAACAGGCAGCAGCCCCACGCGCAGGUCGGGGGACAAGUGUUCCUGGGUGCAGAUGCCGCGCAGGGAUUCUUGGGGCGCCGGCUUCUCUACAAUCACUGGGACUUCGAGCUGGUGACGCCGGGGAACCUGGAGCGCGAGUGCCUGGAGGAGGUUUGCAACUACGAGGAGGCGCGGGAAGUCUUCGAGGACAACGUUGCAACAAAAGCCUUUUGGGACACUUAUCCCCACAAUGGGAAAGGCGGGAGCUCAGACAGCCCCGGGGUGGACGUGGCCGGGCUGGUGGCCGGGCUGGUGGCCGGGCUGGUUCUGAUGAUCAUGGUCGGCGUCAUUGCCAUGUACUGGGUCAAGUACCGGUCCAAGGAGCGCAGGCAGCGCAGCGUCCACGUGCCCCUGAAUCCCGACGUGCCCCUGACCUGCCUCCCUGGCGACCCCAAGCCGCUGGGCCCCCCCGGGCUGCCGUCAUACCAGGAGGCACUGGAGGCGUCAGGUGUCCACGACGCGCCCCCCCCGCCCUAUCCCAGGGCUCCCAGCUCUUCUGCCCAGCCCCACUGAUUGGACCCACAGCCACUGGAUUGCUGCUGGGGGGGGGCGAGUGUGCAUCCGUGGGUCACAAUGAGUGUGUGGUGAAUGUGCGAGACAGUGAGUGUGCAAAGCAUGAAGUGAAAUGGGGUGAGUGUGCAGGUGUGAGUGUGCGAGGUGAGCGUGCGAGGGGAGUGUACAUGCAUGUGGCACCGGGUGCGUGCAAAAGGGGGUGCAAGGCAGGGGGCACAUGGGACUGGGGUGAGUGUGUAAGGUUGGGGAGUUGCAUAUGAUGGGGCCGUGUGUGUAAGGCACGUGGAUGAAUGUGCCCGGGGUGUGUGUGUGUGAGUGUGAGACAUGAGGGUGCAUGUGAGUGUGAUGUGGGGUGAGUGUGUGAGGACGGGGGGCAUAUGUGAUGGGGAGUGGGUGUGCAACAUAUGAGGGAUGUGUGUGAUGGGGAGUGGCUGUGCAAGAUACACGGGGUGUGUGAAGUGGAGCGAGUGUGCAAGACAGGGAAUGUGACGGGGAGCAGGUGUGCGAGACAUUGGGGCAUGUGUAGUGUGGGACAAGUGUGCAAGGCUAGGGUCAUGUGCAACAGGGAUGGGUGUGUGUGCCAGACACGGGGGCAUGUGUGCCAGGGGUGGAUGGAUGAGUGAGACACAGCAGGUCAAAGCGUGCGAGACACAAGUCUGUGUGGAGGAGUGAGGGGGCACAAUCACGCUGGGUGAUGUGCACAUGUGCGACGGUGAGUGUGAGGAUGAAGCAAGUGUGCGACACACUGAGCGAGUGUGCAAGGCACAAGUGUGUGCUUGUGCUGCGAGUGGCAUCUGACAGAGUGCGGGGCACAGAGGAGCCGGCCGGG